AUGGAAUCACAGGUUUUGAAUACGCUUGAAAACCUCGUUCCUCCAGAAAAGAUGUGCCUUAUGUACGAAGCCUACGCUGAUGGAUUUGAGUCCCUGGAAGAAUUAAUCAAGAAGCAGAUAGCUCAGAGAGCCAUGUCUUUACUCGCAAAUAGCUCAGGAAUAAUGUCCAAAGAGGUCAUGCUCACUGCGCUUUCCUUGAAUGACAGCGGAGGAAUCAAUGCGGUAGUCCAUGGAGAUCUGACGGCCGAUCCUACUCUAGUUGUCCGUUUCUGUAAACACUUGAUCCGCAUCAAUGAGAGGCUUGGCGUCAUGGAAUUCUGCCACAAAACCGUCUAUGAGUUUUUCAGCAAAUACAAAUCUACUACUUAUAAUCAACGUAUUGCAGAGCUCUGCUUGUCUCACUUGUGCUCGCCAGAGUUCUCCCAGGGCCCUCGAAAUGACGCGUUGUGGUUUAAUCCCGGUAGCCUGGCGCCAGUCCUGCGACAACAUCUAUUCUUGCCAUUUGCAUGCGCCAGAUGGGCUAUUAGCAUUAAGAAAAGCUUAGAGCCCGAAAUAAAUCCAGGCAUCUCAGAAAGCCUUCUCAGUUUACUAAGGAUACUUUUCAAGAAGGGUCACCCGACCGAAACCCGAGAGAAUUUACAACUAGCUUUCCAAGUAUACCUACUGGCUCUUGGCAAAAAAAUUCCGAAACGGGUUUGUCACGAUCAUAUUGUAUGCUACUUUGGUCUUGUUAAGCUUUUUGACAUUUUCAUGAAGCAUCAAUGGUUCGAUCUAAAGAAGGUCGAUGACGAUGGAUUGGUGCCCAUCCAUUGGGCAGUACGAAACGAGUUUGAGUUGGACGAUUUUAAGCUCACUGUCGAGAAGCUGAUCGAGUAUGGUACUUCUGUCAAUGUGAAGGACAAAGACGGCCGUACUCCGUUAUACUAUGCAUGCCAUUACGGAAAUCUACAAGUAGCACAGUUACUUGUCGAUAAGCACGCCCAGCUUAAUGAUGUAAACAAAGAGGGUGAAACUGCGCUGAUCGCCUCUUGCAGGAAGCAUCGCCACGACAUCGUGCCAUAUCUCAUCAAGGCAGGCUCUGAUGUGAAGAUACAAAGUUCAUUUGGUAUUGCUUUGCAAGCUAUUUCCUUGAUUGGCUGUUGCAGUUGUGCUGAGGCUAUACUUGAUGGCUAUGGGAAGUCGAAGAUCAUUGAAGGCGAUGGCCCUUUCGGCACUUCGCUUCAUGCUGCUGCAUUUAACGGUCAUGCAGAGCUUGUGAAGCUCCUUUGUUCCAGACUGCCAAACACCCGUGCAACGCAUCCAACAUACGGGAUUGGACCGGCUCUUCGUGCAGCCGCGUAUCAAGGAGGCGAAGACCUUGUACGUCUCCUCUUGGAGAAGGGCGCCAAAAUCCGCAAAGCCAAAGGCCCAAUGGGCACAGCAUAUGAAGCUGCGGCAGAGCGUGGGCAUCAAACUAUCAAAGAUAUUCUGCUCAAAAACGACCCAAAGUCCAAGAACUACAGCGUGUCUCACGUUAUCAGGCCUUUUGAGCGUCAGAAGAUACAGCGAAAGGUGUUUAGGGCCACCGUCAAAACGAGCAGCAUGGACACUAUUCAAAGUCUUGUCACACAAUUCGAGAAAUUUUUUGAGAAAGAAAUCAAAAUCGGCGACACCCCUUUCCUCAGGACAUUGGCCAAACUUGGCGAGGAUGCAUUUCAGGAUGUCAUAAUCCUAGCCACCAAGUCGCGCGGCGAGUCUAGUAUCUCACCAGAAACAGCUAAACAGAGUGUGGAUAUAUCGCGGCUCCGAGCAAUCAUCUCUACGUUCUGCUGCGUUGGAUCGACGGACGAAGACGACGAACCAGCAUUAGAACGUACGCAGUCCGUCGAAGAGUUUCCCUAUGUUCGCAGGGCGUCGACUUCAUUUGCCCAAGAUGGCCUUGGUGAGCAUUUCCCACAGGUACUGGACCGCAUGACGCAAGCUGCCUUGAAGAUACGGGAGGAUGCCAUUGCCAGUGAAAAUAGAAAAGUAAUUGUUCUCAUCACCAACACUUGGGUCAAGGCGUUGAAUGAUCUUGUCUCGCAUCCUGGCUUCGGUGAGCCCAUGCUGAAAAUGGUCGUUCAAAGGCGUGCAGAUGAGCUCAAACAGCAUCUGAUCAACCCAGAAUUGAGCCAAGAGGAAAGAUUUCGCAAAGCAACUGCCCUGGCCCAGGUUGGCAUCGAGUUACUUCUAAUGGCUGUUGAGCGCGGACCGAGAUUUAAACAUCUGUGCCUCGUCAUCUCCAAACUAUGGAUCCGAGCCGUUUGCGAUGUUGAAGAACUCGGGAAAGAAGGAGAGCUACCAUUGCAAGAAAUGCUUUGCAUAUUUGCAGCGCGAUUUUCUAGCGCAGUUGAAGUUGAAGACUCGGUCAAUGCUGAGAUUUGCGCACAAGCCGGUAUUGAACUUCUGAGAGCAGCAGCACUGUUUUCAAGGAGUACACUACUGGAAAGUAUGGUAUACAUGGCUACACAGUUGGUCCUCCGAUGGCAGGAAGAAUACCAGGAAAGUCUCAAAGAUAAGAAGAACUAUAACAAGGCUAUCAGGCUCGCAUUGGCAAGCUUGGGAAUGCUACGUGAGGCUUUCCAGCAAAGAAGCGAGCUUGCUGUAGCUUCACUGUUGCCAAUUAUCGAAUCCAACACUAGGCUGACACUAAACACUCAUACUGGCCACGGCGCGCCUGCUGAGACAGAUAUUUAUGUUCGAGACCAAGAAUCUUUACUCGAUGCUUUCAUCAAGUUGUUCGCCACGGGCGAAGAAGUCCAAGCUGGCCGUUUGAAUAACAUGGUUUCAGGGGUACUCACUUUGCUAGAGACUGCUUCGGGCAACCGCCAACAGGAGCUCGAAAGGGCCGUCAAACGACGCAUUGAUGAAGCAGACCGGCUCACCAACAGAAAGGAGAGGAAGAGGCAGCUUAUCAGCAUUUCCAGAACACUUCUUGUUUUACUUGAAAAGGCUUUAAUUGCUGAAGAGCGAAAUAUGGUCAUUAUAUCAAAGCUGGAGGCGUCUCUACAAUACUUAGCUGAAUCGCUGCCAAAACUUACAGACACAGCCGAAUUAGCUCAAUAUGGAAAGGCGAUUGAGUAUUUGAACUCGACACACGAGCAGGCCGUACAUUGA